ACUCGGAAUGAUUUCGUAAGAAUGAUAUGGGAUAUGAAAUGUGAUAAAGUUGUCAUGGUUACCAGAGAAUUCGAAGGUGGAAAGGUAACGAGAAAAUGUGAACAAUACUGGCCUCCUGAAGUAGGAUCCUCCGAGACGUUUGGUGUAAUCAAACUUAUAUUGGAGGAGGAGAUAUACCGAGAAAAUUAUACUAAACGACAUAUUAUCAUGGAAAGGGAUGGGGCGAUCCACAAGUUUUAUCACUUCCAUUACAUCAGUUGGCCAGAUCAUGGUGUGCCCAAGACAAAUGACAUGUUAGAUUUCCAGUUUACAGUAAAUAAAUUUAAACCAGAAUCUAAAAGUCCCGUAUUAGUUCAUUGUAUUGCUGGUAUUGGUAGAACUGGUACAUACAUAGCCAUGGACUACUGUUUAAAACAAUACAAUGAUACUGGUAAGGUGGAUGUAUUAGAAUGUGUUAAAACUCUUCGUCAACAGAGAAAAGGAAUGAUCCAAACUCCAGUAAGUUUUGUGGUAAAAAGUAAUAAUCAAAUUCGUCAUGACGAAAUUGCAAUCAAAUUUAUUAUCUGUGAAUUGCAAUGA